AUGCCAGUCUGUCACGGAGUACAGAGUUUCGUCAUGGCGUCAAGAGCUCCCGUUUUCCACGCCUGUUCUGUGGACCUCACCUGGCAGACAACGGUUCAUGCCUGCCAACGGUGUCCCCGUGCUGCUAUGACUCCGAGUGCUGCCACUGCCGCGAUCGCGACCCAGUCAAACAUGGAAGGAACUACCUCACGGUUUUGCCCUGCUGGAGUUCACAUGGGCAAGUGCCUUCCUGCACAGGAUCUUUACGCAAGUGCUUGGGGACCUGUGUCAAAUAUCCCCUCUACACUAGGCAAUGGAUUGGCGUCAAAGUUAUCUCACAAGUUUACGGAACAAUCAAUGGUUCCGGAUGCCUCGAUUCCUCCUACCCCUCUGCUUGAGCCCUGGGCGCCACCUAAUCUGCCCAUCCCAACAACUGUUCACAGCAAGGCCUCAUUCUCACCCAGUGUCCCUACUGCUGUCCAAUCACCCCUGCCUGAAGAGAAUACUCCAAGCCCAAAUGCAGCGACUACACCCAAGCAACAGAAAACCAUCCCAGCGAAACUGCUUAUCGAUAAGGAGCCUUCGUCAGUUCCAAAGUCAUCAGAAUCUGUUGAGAAUGAAUUGCCAUCAACCAAAAGUCCCGUGCAACCGAAACUAGAUAAGGAACCGGCAUCUCGACUUAAAACCGAGCCUGAUAAAGUGGAUGUUUCUUCAGUUAAGUCUGAAGAAGAGCAGGUUGUCGUCGAGGAGGAAAGAGUGAGUUGCCAGGCUCCGCCCACCUUUAUUCCCACUGACAUAACCGAAAGUACCAAUGGAGGUUCUCCAGAAAAAUCAGUUAUUUCGACCACACCAACGACCACCCCCUCUUCGAUUACCUCCACCAAAACCACUGACGACUCCUCUCCAAAGUCCACCGCCACCCUCAAAGAGGAGCCUAUCAAGACGUCUCAAAAUGCCUCUGCUGUCAAGCCCCAGUAUGGGGGUGAUGAAGGCAAGGAGAAUGUCCUGAAGGCGGGGGAAGUUGGAGAAACAAAGUCACUUCCGAACGAUGGCUCCGGUGCAUCAGCAAAGCCCCUGCAGCCUAGUCUGCGGGUACCUCAGUUCUACGUUCCUAUGGGGCGUUCAAAGUUAGCACCUGCAGAUUUGGAGUGUGAGAUAGACAGGGUGGGGAAGAGCAUUGUGGAGGGUUUGUCUGAGCCCAUUCCGGCUCCCGAGAAGACCGAGGAAGGAGAGGAGGCGGUGAAAGCGACAGAAGAGGCUUUGCCAGCGAAAGUCACACUAGACUCGUCCGUUCCUUUCAGUCGGUUCGGCGUUGUCACCAAGGCAUGCGGCUGCCCUCUUUACUGGAAACGAGCCCUUUUCACGGCCGCCGGGGGUGAAAAAGACGAUGUCCCCGUCCCAAUCGCAGACAUCCUCUCUCUUUGGCGUCGAGUUUUAAAGACCUGUCCGGACUCGGCUUCUCGGUUCACCUAUUUGCUAACCAGAGGCAAGGCUCAAUAUCUCAUUCCCGAUGACUUCCGACCGAUAAUUCAAGACGUGGUGGACACGCAUCCUAGCCUGACGUUCCUCCAGGCAGCUCCUGACUUUCACUCGCGCUACGUGACCACAGUCGUCUCGAGGAUCUUCUUCUGCACCAACACCUCGUGGUCGGGGCGCAUCACCCUUGGCGAGUUGAGGAGGUCCAACUUCCUCGAUGUCCUCGCCAGCCUUGAGGUGGAGGAGGACAUCAACUUAGUGACGCAUUACUUCUCUUAUGAGCACUUUUACGUCAUCUAUUGUAAGUUCUGGGAACUCGAUGGGGACCACGACCUGACAAUCAGCAAAGCUGACCUCGCCAGGCACAACAAUUACGCUAUUUCAGAACGCAUGAUUGACCGCAUAUUUAGUGGCGCCGUCACACGUGGUGCGUCUUUCAAGGAAGGAACCAUGUCCUACUCCGAUUUUGUCUGGUUCCUCUUAGCAGAAGAGGAUAAACGGCACCCGCGAAGCAUUGAAUAUUGGUUCCGUUGCAUGGAUUUGGAUGGAGAUGGCCUCCUUUCGCUUUACGAGUUAGAGUACUUCUACUCUGAGCAGUCGGCCCGAAUGGAGGAAAUGGGCAUUGAACCGCCGACCCUGGAGGACUGUCUUUGUCAGUGCCUAGACAUGGUUCGGCCGGCUCUCGUCGACAAGAUCCGCCUCUCUGAUCUUAAGAAGUGCAACCUCUCUCCCAUCUUUUUUGAUACAUUUUUCAACCUUCCAAAGUACCUCCAACACGAGCAGAGGGACCCCUUCUCUAAUCUGCGGAAUGUGCCGGCGGUAAACCGGCGUGUAACUCGUGGAUUUGGCUAUGCUCUUACUCUUUAUCCCUCACAGGACAUCGAAGAGGGCUUAACAGAGGUCUCGGAUUGGGAUCGCUACGCCUCAGAGGCCUACGAGAUGCUUAUCGCAUCUGAAGGUGGUGGCGGAGGAGGCGGCAGUGGUGGGGGAGCCGAAGACGACGAUGAGGAGGACGAGGACGACGAAGAAGUAGCUGCGUCACCUGGAGCUGCUACUUCAGCGAACACCGAUUCAGCUGCCGUUUCCCCUGAAAAGACCGUCACAACCGUUGAAACGCCUUCAUUUUCCGGCAAGGACAGUUCUAGAUCUACGGUUACUGCUCAAUCUAUUGAGGAGGAGACAGGAAAAGGGGCCUCGUAA